AGGAGGCGCGCGGGGGGGAUGCCGCUCCCCUCACGCUUCCCUCAGGAGGCGGCGGCGCCUCAGGGACCCGGCCCGGGGUCGGGGUCUGUCCCAGGGUCCCUCCCAGCGCCCUCAUGGCCAGCCUGGCCGCCCAGGACUCCUACCUGCAGGGUUUGGCGAGGAAGGUCAGCGCGCAGCAGGCACCGGAGUCGCGAAAGAGGAAAUUUGUGGCUAAGCCAGGCCAGCAGGAGCAUGCUGGCAGACAGCUCAAGAAAAGGAAAAGAAAGCAAGCCAAGAAAGAAGCCGAGAAGACAAAUGCUCCUUCAGUCAAAAAGGUGGUCUCCAACACCAAUAAAUCCACUCCAGGACAGAAAACAACCCCACAAGCCAGCAAAUCAUCUCCCCAGGGUGCUACAGAGAGCAGAAGUGAGGGUUUGGUUGCAGGGAGCAAAAGUGAAGCCUCUUCUUUUUCUGCAAUGAAUCUCCUGCGUCAGAGACUACACGAGAAGAUUAAAAAAGCUUCUGGACAAGAUGAUUCCAAAGAGUUACCCCCUGCAGUCCUGGAGAAAAGGCAGCGAAGGAAGUACGAGAGGGAGAGAAAGAAACGGCGAAGAAAGGAGUUGAAGAUGAAGGCAAAGACGGAGAAGAAGGAAGCUGAGGAGGUACCCGUAGAGCCAGAAGGCAAAAAGGAGGAGAGCAGGGCUGAGGUUGUCUUUAACAGGAUUGAAAUCCACAAAGAGAAUGAGUUGAACAAGAUCCAGAAGAAAAAAGAGAAGAGGAAAGCAGUGAAAGGCAAUAUCACCCCUCUGACUGGCAGGAACUACAAGCAGCUGCUGAGCAGGCUGGAGGCCAGGAAGAAUAAGCUGGAGGAGCUCAAGGAUAAGGACCAGAAGAAAGCUGAGGAGCUGGAGAACAAGAUAAAAUGGACAAAUGCUCUGUACAGAGCGGAGGGAGUGAAGAUCCGUGACAACGAGGAGCGUCUGAAGGAAGCUCUGAGGCGCAAGGAGAAGCGGAAGGCGCAGCGGCAGCGGCGGUGGGAGCAGCGCACGGAGAGGGUGGUGGAGAGGAUGCAGCAGAGGCAGGAGAAACGCCGCAGGAACAUUCAGAAGAAGAAGAAGGAUAAGAUAGAGAAGAAGAAAGCCAGGGCCCGGAAGAAAGGCCGUGUUCUGCCAGAGGACUUGAGAAAAGCUGGCCUAAAGUGAGGGCUUCCGGCCGGAUGAUAACAAAAGCCUCUUGUAUGUCCCUUAAUUAAAUUUCCUA